AUGGGUGAAGCAGAGGAAAAAGUCACUCUCUGCUUCCUCUGUUCCACCAUCAGCUACAUCUGGCCCAGAAGCCCAUUUGAAGCGCAAGACAGUUGCAAGCCCGUCAACGAAACGGCCAGCCGGAGGAGGGAAAAUAGCAAAUUUUGCUCGUUCUUGGGCAUGGCCACACCGUGUGUCAUCCUUCUAACUAUACUUGGAGCAGAAGUAGCUGGCAAGUCCUCUGAAAGUUUGGAAUCGGAGCUCGAGUGUUGCGUGGACACGAUGGAGGUCAACACCACCUGCCUAGCCAGCAGCCAGUGCAGUCCAGGCUGCUACAGGCGGUGGAACGAAGACGGCAGCAGCAGCUGCAUCAAGUGCGAGAAUGAAACGGUCCCUGCCACGCCCGCUUACAAUCUUACCGAUUGCCGAAACGGUGGUGCCAGAGGAGUGAACUCCCAAAUUAAUUCAACUAGCCCAUCCCCAGUUCCGCAGAGCACAGGGCGGCCGGAAGUCGCAGCUUCUCUCAUCUUUGGGACGUUCUUUAUCAGCCUCUUCCUCAUAAUGUGCGUGGCUUCAUUCUUCUACCUCAAACGUGCCAAUAAACUUCCAAACCUCUUCUACCGGCGAAGCAAAGGAACUGUUGUGCAGUCUGCUGAAUCAGCGUCAAUGUUAUCUCCACCUUCUUCAGUGCGCAAGCCCCGAUACGUCAGGAGAGACCGAUCGCUCAUGACAUCUGGUGCCAGCACGACCAUCUCUGCAGAAACGAGAGUCAGCAAUGUGUAGGUGGGCUGUGUUGCCUCCCCACAGUUUUGUAAAUACGGGCACAGCCGAAGAAACGUGGGCACCUCCGACUCCAGGAAAGUGCCAGAAACAA